CUGUAGUUAGCCUUGUGGGCGGUGGAAGUGGUCUAGCCCGGAGCGGUGAAGCCGGUGUGAGCCGGGACGACCGGCCGGGUUAUGGACGGUUCCUUCGUGCAGCACAGCGUGAGGGUUCUGCAGGAACUCAACAAGCAGCGCGAGAAGGGCCAGUAUUGCGACGCCACGCUGGACGUGGGGGGCCUGGUGUUCAAGGCGCACUGGAGUGUCCUGGCAUGUUGCAGCCAUUUCUUCCAGAGAAUCUACGGGGAUGGCUCAGGGGGCAGUGUUGUCCUCCCUGCGGGCUUUGCUGAGAUUUUUGGCCUCCUGCUGGACUUUUUCUACACCGGCCACCUCGCCCUCACCUCAGGGAACAGGGAUCAGGUGCUCUUGGCAGCCAAAGAGUUGCGGGUGCCAGAGGCUGUGGAGCUAUGUCAGAGCUUCCAGCCCCAAACCUCAGUGGGACAGGCACAGAGUGGAUUGGGCCAGCCUGCCUCCCAGGACGUGAAAAGCCACCUCAAGGAGCCGACAGACUUGGAUGAGGAGGAAGUUUUCAGGACUCUGAGCCUGGCCUCUGUGGAUCAGGAACCCAGAGACAGUGAGCAGCCCCGGCUUGGUACACCUGCUCAGAGCAGCGCCGCCUUCCUCUGUGGGAAACUCACGCAGGCUUUGAAGCCUUCUCCCUCAGAGGACAAAGAGUCUGAGGACUGCAAAGAGCCCCCAAGGCCCUUGGAGGCUGGAGGUGCCCCGCUGCAGGGCGAGAGCAAUGAGUGGGAAGUGGUGGUUCAAGUUGAGGACGACAGGGAUGGUGAUUACGUAUCUGAGCCCGAGACUGUGCUGACCAGGAGGAAGUCAAAAGUGCUUAGAAAGCCCUGUGUGGCCGAGCCAGCCCUGGCUGCAGGCACCCUCUCAGCCGAGCCCACUGACGGCAGGAAAGGUGCAGCCGUUCCGGUCGAAUGUCCCACAUGUCACAAAAAGUUCCUCAGCAAAUAUUACCUGAAAGUCCACAACAGGAAACACACUGGGGAGAAACCCUUCGAGUGUCCCAAAUGUGGAAAGUGUUACUUCCGCAAGGAGAAUCUCUUGGAACAUGAAGCCAGGAAUUGCAUGAACCGCUCAGAACAGGUCUUCACAUGCUCCGUAUGCCAGGAGACCUUCCGACGGAGGAUGGAGCUGCGGGUGCACAUGGUGUCUCACACAGGGGAGAUGCCCUACAAGUGUUCCUCCUGCUCCCAGCAGUUCAUGCAGAAGAAAGACUUGCAGAGCCACAUGAUCAAGCUACAUGGAGCCCCUAAACCCCACGCAGUAAGUGCUAGACAGGGCUGGGGUUCCGGUGGCUCUGGGACAGCUCAAUCCUGUCCUCACCUGGAUGCGCUCCCUCUGCCCGUCUCACCCACCUGCAGUGCCCCACUUGUGCCAAGUGCUUCCUGUCUAGGACGGAGCUACAGCUGCACGAGGCUUUUAAGCAUCGUGGAGAAAAGCUCUUUGUGUGUGAGGAGUGUGGGCACCGGGCCUCGAGCCGCAACGGGCUGCAGAUGCACAUCAAGGCCAAGCACAGGAAUGAAAGGCCUUAUGUCUGUGAGUUCUGCAGCCAUGCAUUCACCCAGAAGGCCAAUCUCAACAUGCACCUGCGCACGCACACCGGCGAGAAGCCUUUCCAGUGCCACCUCUGUGGGAAGACCUUCCGCACCCAAGGUGAGGCAGGCCCAUCCCCUCCUUGCCCCAGGGCUGAGACAGCAACUGAGCCCCACCUUGUCCCCCACAGCCAGUCUGGACAAGCACAACCGCACCCACACGGGUGAGAGGCCUUUCAGCUGUGAAUUCUGUGAGCAGCGCUUCACUGAGAAGGGCCCCCUUCUGAGGCAUGUGGCCAGCCGCCAUCAAGAGGGCAGGCCCCACUUCUGCCAGAUAUGUGGCAAGACCUUCAAAGCUGUGGAACAGUUACGAGUGCACGUCAGGCGACACAAAGGCGUGAGGAAGUUCGAGUGCACCGAGUGUGGCUACAAGUUCACUCGGCAGGCUCACCUGCGGAGGCACAUGGAGAUCCAUGACAGAGUGGAGAACUACAAUCCCCGGCAGCGCAAGCUCCGAAACCUCAUCAUUGAGGACGAGAAGAUGGUGGUUGUCGCUCUCCAGCCCCCUGCAGACCUGGAGGUGGGCUCUGCAGAGGUCAUUGUGGAGUCCCUGACCCAAGGUGGCCUUGCCUCCCAACUCCCUAGCCAGAGACUGUGUUCAGAGGAGAGCUUUGCUAGCCCUGGGGUCCUGGAGCCCUCUCUCAUCAUCACGGCUGCUGUUCCUGAGGACUGUGACACGUAGACCCCCGCCCAGAUGGCCCCACUGACCAAUAAACAUGUGACUUAG